AGGGAGAGAUCGCUGCGAAAUGCCUUUUUGUAUGGCCGGCCGCUGUUUUUGCUUUAGCUCGGUGUGUUUUCCCGAGGGUCCGAUCGUAGUGUUUUGUAGCCAUGAUCUGCGGUGGAUUCAGCGGGCUGUCCUAGCUGACUGAGCCGCUCAGCAGCGGUGGGUCCGGCGCAGUGCACACAGCCGGGGAUGAGGCCUACUUGUUAAAGCCCCCCCCCUCCUUCCCUCCUGCCACCACCACCAACACCAUCACCACCCCUCCGUCGCGAUGGCUCAUGAUCAACAACAACCGGGUCCGAAGCCUGCCUCGGGGUUAGGCUCUCUCCCAGCCCUGGUUCCGGGGCUCCAGGGGCCCGAGGCCAACGCGCUGCAGUUCAAAAUAAAGAACUCGAUCUGCAAAUCUGUACAAUCAAAAGUGGACGGCAUAUUGCAAGAUGUUGAGACGUUUACAGACAUCGAAAAACUCUACCUCUACCUGAAGUUGCCUUCUGGUCCCAGUAAUGGGAAUGAUAAAAGGACUGAGAAUGAGAGGGGGUCCUCCACUCCUGGAUUAUGUGAUCAGAGUUCCAUGUCGUCAAGCCGCACGCAACAGAUGUAUGCAUUCAACUGGAUACGCAAUCACCUAGAAGAGCAUCCAGAGACUUCCCUCCCGAAGCAAGAGGUGUAUGAUGAAUACAAGAGCUAUUGUGACAAUCUCGGCUACAAUCCCCUGAGUGCAGCCGACUUCGGAAAGAUCAUGAAGAAUGUUUUUCCUAACAUGAAGGCACGUCGACUGGGCAUGAGGGGCAAAUCCAAAUACUGUUAUAGCGGGUUAAGGAAGAAAGCUUUCGUUCACAUGCCGUCCUUACCCAACCUGGAUCUGCAGAAGUCUGGUGAUGGGUGCGAGCUGAUGGAGCCGAUGGGCCAGUCCCCGAGUGCUGAAGAUGAAAUGAGAUCUGCCGCCUGCGGACUGGUGUGCGAGUGGGCCCAAAAGGUCCUGAGUCGUCAGUUUGACCACGUGGAGGACCUGGCCCACUUCCUGCUCAAUAGCCACUACAUUGGUACUAAGUCCAUGGCUGCGCUCACUGUUAUGACCGGAACACCCACAGGAAUGAGGACGCCAACUCCAGCGUCUGCGUUUGUGCCAACAGCUGAGGCGAACUCUUUCCAGGCCCAGGGGAAGACCCUGCCUUCUCCCUCUGUUGACGCGAAGCAGCAACUGCAGCGCAAGAUCCAGAAGAAGCAGCAGGAGCAGAAGCUCCACUCGCCCCUGCCCAGUGAGGCCCAGGUCAAGAGAACGGAGGCCAGCACUCCCGGCCCCACGAUCCCCUGUGGCAGCCCCGCUCUGCUCUCCUCUCAGCCCACCAUAGGCAUCGUAGUAGCAGCUGUGCCCAGCCCAGUCACGGUGCAGCGAGGCCGGCAGUUGAUGACCUCACCCAGCCCGGUGGGGACUUCCGAAGGGAAAGUGUUGCCCGUGAACUUCCAAGUGGUAACUCAGUCCGUGAAACCGUCCCCUAAACAUCCUCAGAAUAUCUCCGCCAGUCCUGUGAGUGACCGGCUGGCACGACACGGUACGCGCUACGCACAAAUUCUGCCCAAGCCCUCUGCCACCAGUGCCAUCACGCUGCGCUCGCCCCCCACCCUGCUCAUCACCAACAACCAUAAAACUGUGAUGCCGACUCCCCACGUCAGCUCGGUUAACGUGGUGAAGAUGACGGCCAUCGCUCUGGCUCCCAGCAGCAGCGGCGGCACGAGCGUGCGUCCCGCCUCGGCGGGUGUCAAUACCAUAGCUGCUCUGGACGACUCUCAGCACCCGCACGGCGUACCCUCAUUUGCCCCUCAGUCUCCUGCAAUCCGAACCGGCCCCCUAGUCUCCACCCACAUCCUGUCCUCCGACAUCAAAGUGGUGUCUGAAGCCGCAAAUGACAAUACCUUUGCUGCCGGGGCCAAAGAGGGAAGAAUGGCCAAGUUCCGGGCGGCCAGCGAGCCAAGCUUCCUGAUUAAGUGUUCUCCCGGACCCGAUAGAGGGUUAAGGGUAAAAAGUGACCCUACGCCCCCUCCCACCUCGGUAGCUGUAGCUGGAACUCUAGACAGCAAUAGCAUUAACUGCCAUGGCAGCACUUUGUACUUGACUGUUGAUAAUCAGAACUCCAUUGGAAACACGUCAUCCAAUGGCUCCUCUGCUCUUACCCCGACAUCGAAAGAUCCCUGCCUGGAUGCCAAGAGCCCAAGAAAGCGCACAGGCCCCAGUGGGGAGGCCCACGUUAUUCCUGUGAAGAGGGUGUUCAUUUCCCAGCAGCCACUGGCUUUUAUCGAUAAUCCCAAACCUGCAGUCAGUGCUGCUCUGAAGAGGAUCCCCAGACCGGGAACCCCAGCCAGACCCGAGAGUGCUCCCUGCAAAGCGACUGUGAAACACACCUCUGCAGGGCCCUCGCAGAUCCUUGCCCUCUCUGACUCGCUUAUCACACACAACGAGGGCGCCCAGCCUGUUGUCAAACCCCAGGCCCUGCUGAUGAAACGCGAGGAUCAUUCUCUCGCCGCUGAUACAAGAGCAGCUGGAAACAACGCGCCAGAUCAGGCGUUGCUAAGGCAGAUCACCAGGGACUCUCUCACUAUACCAGCCAACUCAGGAGCACUCAAAGCCUCUGUGAUGGGGGACUUAAAGAGCACAAUAUGGGAGGAGGGACAGCUCAACAAGCUUCAGAAGCAAGCUUUUGCGCAGCAGAUACCAGCAGAACCCAAACAAGCCCCUUCUGACCAACCUUCCAUUAUAGCUCAACCCCCCGAGGCCUCAGGCCAGCUGAGCCUCACGCAGGAGAUGGUUGACUUUGCCGGUUCUCAGCCCAACAUGGACUACUUCCCUUUCAACGACGACGACAUGACCCAGGACAGCAUCGUGGAGGAGCUGGUGCAAAUGGAGGAGCAGAUGAAACUGAAGGGUCUGUUCGGGAGCUGUGUGGAUGUGUCCAUCCAAGGCCAGUCAGCCAGCAGUCAAGGCUCUAUCCUAAAUUCUCACCAGGCCGGCCCUACUUUCUUCCACUCUGCCCACAGCAGCACCACUCCUGUCCAAACUCCGACUCCCACGCCGACACCCACUCCCACCUCUGAAAUAACGCUUGGUCACAGCAUGGCAAGAGAGAGCCCCUGUUCCCGCAUGGCUCCCAUCACCCCUGUUGACGGAGCCAUGGGUCGCCACACCCCCAUCAGCACGCCGCUGUCCAACUGCAGCAGCAGCGUUCCCCCGAGCCCGGUGGAGUGCAGGAACCCCUUCGCGUUCACGCCGAUCAACUCGAGCAUCACAGGGUAUCAUGAUGCCAGUAUUGUCUCCAGCAGCCCCGUUAAGCCCAUGCAAAGGCCGAUGGCGACGCACCCUGACAAGGCCAAGCUGGAGUGGAUCAACAACCGCUACAACAGCAACUCUGCAGGUCUUUUGCCAAACCAUAGCAUUGGCAUUCUGCCCAGCUACCAAGACCUGGUAGAUGACCAGUUUCGUAAGCCACAUGCCUUUGCGAUCCCAGGCCAUUUAUUUCAAGCUCAGUCGAGACAGGAUGCUGCUCACUUUGGCCGUUUGACCCCCAUAUCCCCGGUGCAGCAGCAGCAGCAACAACAACAACAACAACAGCAACAGCUGGUAACGAGUGUUAACACACCCACAAAACAGGAGAGUUUUGCUGUGCCUGCACCGUUAGACAACAAGGGAUCAACCUCAUCUGCGUCCAGCACUUUCCGUUGCCGCAGUGUGAGUCCUGCAGUGUGCCAAAGGAACCCCAGUGGAAACACCAACCCUCUAACCUACACCAAUACCACCAACACCACCACCCGAGCUGUGGUUUCCCCCUUUAACUCCCCCAUCACGUCCGAGGUGCUCAGCAUCCCGUCCAACAGUCAGACUGUCAGCUCUGUGCACAGCAUGGUUCAGCGUAGUCAAUCUGUGCCCCUGAACAUCAUGAUGCAGAGUGAGAUGCUGCCCGUGCAGGGUCAGAGCAACACCGCCAAAAUCACCAAUGUCCUUCUGAGCAAGAUGGAGACUGAUGGCAGUGAUUCUAUCCGAGGCCUGGGCAUAAACAACCUCCCCUCCAACUACACGGCCCGUUUGAACCUCACACAGAUCCUGGAGACCACGCCUGGCUACGCUGGAGGAACCGCUGACCAGACUCUGCUGCCGGUCUGCUCCAGCCCUGCUGCCUUUGAGCUCCAGCAGCAUGGCUACCUGACCACAGGCAGUGGAGAACAGGGGAGUUUCUCCGCUGGGGAGGGCCAAGCACAAGCAGGUCCUGGUGACCACCAUCAGCAGCAGCAGCAGCAGCUCAGUGAGAGUCCCGCGCAAACGCAAACGCAGCUCCUCCUUCAGAGCACACAGCAGCCAGAGGCAGAGGACGAGCAACAGCAGCUGGAUUUCAACAACACUGUCAAGGACCUGCUGGGGGACGAUGGCCUCAAUCCCAGUUCCCAGUUGGUGGGUCAGGUAGCUUCAGAGCUCAACGCUGUGGCAUCUGACUUUUCAAACGACAUCAGACUGACCUCAGAUCUGUCCAGUAGCAUCACUGACCUUAACACGUUGGACACCAACCUGCUGUUUGAUCCCAAUCAACAGCAGGAACAAUACGAAGACUCCACACUGGAAGAGCUGAAGAACGACCCGCUGUUUCAGCAAAUAUGCAGUGAUACUGUGAACUCCUUUGACUGGCUAGAAAGCAAAGACCAGCCUACUACAGUAGAGAUGCUGGGCUAAAGUCAUCUUUUACUCUACGGCUUCUGUACUCUGUUGUUUGUUUGGUGCGUAUGUAGUUUUAUCUGUUUUUAAACUAUAGUUAGUUGGGAUUUGUCUGGACUUUGCCAUUCGUUCUGUUAAAAGUGCCAAGCUUACCAGAAAAUCACUCCUACUGACGUUUAGUUACCUGUCUCCUUUUUCACUUGUCACCCAGAGAUUCAGUACUUAACCAUUUAUCUCCCUCAUCUGAAAUUAGAAAUGUAAGCAUUUCAAGGAAAAAGAGUUCUUGGUGGCAGCAUGCAAUUACAAACCAAGUUCAGCUUUGUACCGUGUGACCAGUAAAGGAAACAUAAGCUUCCUUGUUACAACCAGUCAAAAAUGCAAUAUUUGUAUUCAACAGACACUUAAUGAAAGAAAGAGAUGGACAGGAAAUUUGGCACAAACGACCAAACAAAACAUAUGUUGUCGUUUACUAUUUUCAAUGUGUGCGGCUCAAGUUCUUCCAAAUGAGACAAUAUUGAGAUUGUGGUAUAUGCACAUAAUAGUUGUAGUACAUUUGCCUGCCAUAUCUGAAUAUUGGAAAAAGGUGCUGAAUUUAACACAUAAUCUUUAUACUUUAUCAUUUACCGAACUGAUUCACAUCUGAGCAUUGACCAAGAGUGAAAUCUUCUCAAAGCCUGUACUUCUUGUACUGUUUGAUAUCUUAUAAAAGGAGUAUAUGAAUCAGUAGGGAGACGCUGGGAAUUCAGGCCCCUCAGGGGACGAUACAUCGAAAGGCAUCAACAACUGGUUGCCUUAUUCCCAAAGUACAGGGCCUUAUGCCAUCUAUAGAGAGACUGUAUAUAGUACAACGUUAAGACUCUUUAGAACCAUCUAGAGCUUCAUCAUAUCAAGGCAGCUGUUACUCUGUUUUUAGUACUUUUUCUUAUUUUGGUUUUGCAGUGUAACAAUAUAGAUGCGUAUUGUAUAGGCUAAAAAGACUACACUGUGUGCCCUUAUCAGUAAUGGAUAAAGAGCUAUUCGAUAGACGGCCCAUAAAACAUGGCAGGCACACUUUUAAGUCAAGUUACGUUUUUUUGGCAUGCUAUACUCCCAGCUUGGAUAAUAAUAUCAUUAGUAUGGAGAAGGCUUAGUUACAUAGAAAACAGUAGAACUUGAAGACAUUUAUGCUUUGAUGUCAUCUCGGGAUUAAAAGGAAAUUAAAUUAUGUUUGGGGAAAAUCCAGCCUUAUUUCCAUACCAAAGAUAAUCUGUUUAAAUAACAUAAGACAUUAUUACGCGUAGACAGUCCUGGUAGACAUUAACAGCAACAACAACAAAAAAGGGCGACCUCGGAGAUAUACAAGUUUUAUUGCAUUCGAUGAAAAGGUCAUCGAAUGCACCGUCCUAUGUUUCACCAUGGCCCUGAGAGCAUGUCGAAACCAUCAUGGUAGCCAGGUAGGCUAUGUGGUAAAGUAGGAUGCUUGCUUGAGUUUUUGGCUAUUUCCAAUGUUGUAUAAGUCAUGUUUAAGCUCCAUCUGUAAAUAGGAUACAUACAUAGAGAUUUGAUGUAUCAAGACACUAUAUUAUGGCCAUUAUUCUAGCUAAGUAUGUGCCAUUU